CCUCGUCUCGGUGCGCUCAGGUGCUAGCGCCGACACCGCACAGGAGCUAAAGUCGGUAGUGGGGACGGGUAUUUUAUUCCCCCCCCCCCGAGGUCGGCGUUUGUUAAAGGUACGGAGGAUAAAAAAAAUGCACCUGGAGUGGACUUCUCAUAGAACAAAACACGAAUAAAAGGAUUCACGAAGGGGGUAGAGUGUCUCAGCAUUUCCCAAGAUUAAAAGCGUCACAUAUCAAACUGGAUGUGUACAUUCAUCACCUGUCAGGCUGACGGCAUGCUAAUUCUCAACCUACCAAUAGGGCAUGUCUGAAUGCCUCCCUAGUCCUACCCCUUGGCAUCCCAUCUGAGCCACCCAAAAGGCCUCUCCGUCCUCCAUUUUCAUCUACCCUAUUCUGAUCCUGCCGCCCGAUAGCCUCAAGAUGGAUAUGCUGACAAAAGACACUGAGUGCAUCAACAACCAGUCUGUCAAAUUUUUCUAUGACAAAAGUGGCAAGAACAUCAGCACCGAAUGGAGACCCCGUGACUAUGUGGUUGUCACUCUUGGCAUGUUUGUUUGUUUCAUUGUUAUCCUGUCCAACAUAUUGGUCAUGACAGCCAUUUUCCUCAACCGACGCUUUCACUUUCCCAUCUACUACCUGUUGGGAAACCUGGCUGCUGCAGACCUCUUCUCAGGGAUCUCCUACCUUCACUUGAUGUUUCAUACUGGGCCCUGGACUAUCAAUCUGUCCAGUAACCAGUGGUUUGUGCGCCAGGGCCUGAUUGAUACCAGCCUUACUGCAUCAGUUGUCAACCUGUUGGCUGUGGCAGUGGAGCGCCACCAAACCAUCUUCACCAUGCAGCUGCAUAGCAACAUGACCAACCAGCGCGUUGUGUUGCUCAUCAUAGGCAUCUGGGUGGUGGCAAUAAUCAUGGGCCUAAUUCCCACCAUGGGCUGGCACUGUCUGUGUGACUUAACUAAGUGCUCCACAAUGGCACCGCUAUACAGUCGCAGCUACCUGGUAUUCUGGGGCCUGCUCAACCUCCUGACCUUCAGCAUUAUGCUGGCUGUCUACACCAGGAUCUUCAUCUAUGUAAGACACAAGAGCCAGAGGAUGUCGCAGCACACCACACAGAUGAGACACAAGGAGACAGUGGUCAACCUGAUGAAGACUGUCUCCAUGAUUCUGGGCUGUUUUGUGAUCUGCUGGACGCCCGGCCUGGUGGUGUUGCUGCUGGACGGCCUUGGCUGUGACAAGUGUCAAGUGCUGCGCUAUGAGAAGUACUGCUUGAUUCUUGCUGAGUGCAACUCCUUCGUCAACCCCAUCAUCUACUCCUUCAGGGACAAGGAAAUGAGGAGGACCUUCAAGCGGAUCCUGUGCUGUUUGUGCCGACAGAAUGGCAAAGACAAAGGGGAUUCGGGAGUUCGCUUUAGCACCCUGGAUCACGAGACUUAUAAGAGUCGUGCUGAGCUGGAGAAGACCAAUGGGACCUCGCUCAUCUUGAAAGGCGCAAAGGACUUGGAGUCUUCUUCAGAGAGCUGAAACUGACAAAUACUAGGAUAACUAUUCAGCAGACCUUUUUGGCGAAAAGCAUACACGGUUGAAAUGGAGAAAGCAUACACGGUUGAAAUGGAGAUCCACUGACCCCAGUGUGGAUAUGGAAGGUCUUCAUAUUGACUAAUCGGUUGCCAUUCUAGCAGGGUCACAAAUAAGUGUCCAAUUUAAAACCAACAGACUGACUUUUAUACAGGACUUUGAGCCUUAUGAUCAUCCAAAAGGCAUCACUAUGCCACAAAUGGAAAGCUUUAUCAUUCAAGCAAGCCUUUUCAUUCCUGUCAGAUGCAAACAUAGAUUAUAAGAGCUUGUGGUAGAAACUAUAUCCCCACAGAUCUCAAAUCUUCAUUCUGGGCUCAUUGUGCCCUCAGACUUAUUCCCACAUGUACCAUUUUUAAUGUGUAUUACAUCCAGGAUUUUUACAUUUUAUGAAGUAUAUGAGCCUGCGUAGUUCAUUUACUCUUGUUUUUUAAGUCUAUGAAAACCUUUUUAAUCAUUAUAACUGAUAUAAACUCUUAUCAGCACACUCACAAUGACAUGGCAAAGACAUACAUGCUCUGUUGUUUUUCCCCUCACUCAGGAAUAUCCAUUUGAAUUACAUGUUGAUGCUUUUAUGUUGCACUUAACGGGUGAGGCCCAAUUUGGAUCUCGAUUCAAAACCAGUUCAGAACCACUGCUGCAGCUAAAAACACACGAGCAGCUGAACCAGAACUGUAAGCAUCACAGCUUAAAAGUGAUCUUUCUUCAAAUUUGGAUUGCUUUAUUUUUAUUUUUUCGCUUUAAUGUUAUUUUAAUUGCGUCUGUGAUUUUAGCUUAUGUGAAAAUGUUUCAGUCUUUGUGUGACAGGAUUGCUAUUAAAAUUGUCCUCACCAAAGCUAACUAUGAUCAUAUUGUAACAGUUGGCAGUAUCUAUUAAGUGAACCUUUAAAUGCUAACACCUCCAACCCAAAUGCAAGCCAUCAGAAAGGGAAUGUAUUUUAAGAUCCACAUAGCAUAAAUAAUUUAUUUUGUAAAGGGUCAAACUUUCUCACUGUGUCAGUUCGAGAUGUUUGAGAUCAUUUGAAGCAAAAGGGAAAGUUGGACUUAUAUGUAGUUUAGAUUAAUAAUAUAAAGAGAAUGUAACAGGAUGCUUUUAUGAAAAGCUCUCUGACUGUAUGACAGUUGUUGUGUCGUAGGCAAAACUUGAGUUGACAGUUUGGCCAUUUGUCACUCAGUGGUUGCAUCUAAGCUAUUAUAAUAAUCAGCCAACCUUACCAAUGGAAACUGAUAUGUCAUUAAAUACUUGA